AUGGAUCGGUAUCCGUGUAUCAACAGAUUCAAAUACACCGUUAACUGCCCAUCUUGGGUCUGGGUAUAUCGUACGCGUUGCGAAAACUGCGUUCUGGUUAGCAAUCACUUCCAGACAGCGAGGUAUUAUGAUAAGGUCUUGACAUCGAGUAGUACGAUCUUUAAGAACAUCGGGCCCCAGGAUUCGAUGAUGGGGUAA